GGAAGCCUCUCCCACAGCCAGCUGCGAACAUGAACCUCCGGCCUUUCCCAGCGGUCUCUCUCUUUGCCGUCCGCCAUUGUGGUGAAAGGGUCGCGGAUUUCACUAUGUCAUCCCACAAGACCUUCAAGAUCAAGCGCUUCCUAGCGAAAAAGCAGAAGCAGAACAGGCCAAUUCCUCAGUGGAUUCGCAUGAAAACUGGCAACAAGAUCAGGUAUAACUCCAAGAGGAGACACUGGAGAAGGACCAAGCUGGGCUUGUAGAACCAGUGCCUGCUGCUUGACAACAUCGCCACACAUCCACCCUGCAAAGACUCCUUUCUGUGGAAGCCCAGGAGAGAAGCCAUGUCAGGACUGUCUCUCUUUUGUACAGAUACUCUGUUGAUCAUUUGUGCUCAAUAAAAGUGAGAAUUGGAAAAAUCAAA